CGCUCUUCAUUGGCUCCAUGAUCAUGUACUAACAUUUCUGUCGUAGAUGCUGUCCCCACUGUGGCUGGAUCGCACAUGACGCCAUUCCGUCCUUCAGUACCCAGGAUUCCGCGAGAAGAGCCACCACCGCCAGGCGAGAAAUGCGAAACUUGUGGUAAUGGUGAAGAUUCUGGUUCUCUACUGAUUUGCGAGUCUUGCGACCAUUCCUACCAUCCAGCAUGCCUCGACCCACCUCUGAAACGAAAGCCGGAUAACGAAUGGAACUGCGCACGAUGUCUAGUUGGAGAUGGCCAGUUCGGAUUCGAGGAGGGUGGGCUUUACUCGCUAAAGCAGUUCCAGCAAAAGGCAAACGACUUCAAGCAGGGUUACUUUGAGAAGAAGAUGCCAUUCGACCACGAGCUCAACUGUCAUCGACCAGUCACCGAGGAGGAUGUUGAGACUGAGUUUUGGAGAUUGGUUGCCGACCUAGAAGAGACAGUCGAGGUCGAGUACGGAGCUGAUAUCCAUUGCACAACUCACGGCUCAGGAUUUCCGACCGCGGAACGACAUCCUCAAAACCCAUAUGCGACUGACCCUUGGAAUCUCAACGUUCUUCCAUUCCAUCCUGAGAGUCUGUUCAGACAUAUUAAAUCUGAUAUCUCUGGCAUGACAGUUCCUUGGGUCUACGUCGGUAUGAUCUUUUCGACAUUCUGCUGGCACAACGAGGAUCACUAUGCCUACUCUGCUAACUACCAACACCUGGGCGCAACCAAGACUUGGUACGGUAUCCCGGGCGAGGACGCUGAAAGGUUUGAGAAUGCCAUGAAGGAAGCUGUCCCAGAGCUAUUCGAAACACAACCGGAUCUACUCUUCCAGCUUGUCACUCUCUUGACCCCCGAACAAUUGAAGAAGGCCGGAGUUCGUGUAUAUGCUCUGGAUCAGAGGGCUGGCCAACUCGUCAUUACAUUUCCACAGGCUUACCAUGCCGGGUUCAACCACGGCUUCAACUUCAAUGAAGCUGUCAACUUUGCACCACAUGACUGGGAACCUUUUGGACUGGCUGGUGUUGAGCGAUUGCAGCUCUUCCGAAGGCAACCGUGCUUCUCCCACGACGAGCUUCUCUGGACCGCUGCGGAGAGUGCCGCGACAGGCCUGACCAUCCAGACCGCGAAAUGGUUAGCACCCGCCCUCGAUCGCAUACACAAGCGAGAAUUGCAUCAAAGGGAACAAUUUGUUGCAAGGCAUCUUGAAACAGCGCCUCAUCACUGUAAAAUCGGAGGAGGCAACGAAGAUACAUGUUCUUUGACACUUAAGAUAGAAGACGAAGAUGUUCAGGACGAAGACGAGCAGUGUUGCAGUUACUGCAAGGCUUUCUCGUAUCUCUCGCGCUUCAAGUGCCUCCAGUCGGGCAAGGUCCUUUGCCUGCUCCACGCAGGCUAUCACGCUUGCUGUGAUCUGCCCGAGCAAGCUCGAUUCCAAGGCGAAGGACACAUCCUUUUCUUCAGAAAAGCGGACGAGGACAUGGAGUCGAUCUACCGCAAAGUCAAGGAGAAAGCACAAACUCCCGAGCUAUGGGAGGAAAAGUACGACAAGCUACUUGAAGAAGAGGCAAGGCCGUCGCUCAAAUCACUACGCGCGCUGCUUCACGAAGGCGAGCGCAUUCCUUAUCCUCUCCCUUCAUUUCCUGUGCUUCAGGACUUCGUCAAUCGAUGCAAUGAUUGGGUGGGAGAGGCGACAAACUUCAUUGUGAGAAAGCAGCAAAACCGACACAAGAAUGACAAAGCCUGGCAGUCAAGCAUGCGAAAGUCGAUCGGCAACUCUGAGCAGGACCAGAAAGAGAGAGAGUCUCGGAAUGUGUCAAACAUUUAUCGACUUCUUGAUGAAGCCGAGCACAUUGGCUUUGACUGUCCAGAGAUUUUCCAGCUUCAAGAGCGCGCCGAAGCUGUCAAACAUUUCCAGACGACUGCGGCGCAGGCUUUGAGGAACACCUCCACCUUGUCCCAGAAGACGGUCAAGGAACUCCUCGAAGAAGGGCGCGGCUUUAAUGUGGACAUUCCCGAGGUUGACCAAUUAAUGAAGGUCCUGGAGCAGUCAGAAUGGAAUGAGAAAGCCUUUGCCAACCGAGGAGUGUACAUGACUCUUCAAGAAGUCCAGGAUCUUAUUGAAGAAGGAUGCAAACUUGGCAUUCCAACAUACAACGACCAUUUGACCUUCUAUCGCGACCAGAUGCACGCUGGACAGCAGUGGGAGAAGAAAGCCAAGGAACUCAUUGUUGCUGAGUUUGUCCACUACCCACAGCUCGAAGCACUAUCGCGCCAAGUGCAGAUCAACGUGCUUCCUGUUUCGCAGGAGACUCUUGGCGCAGUUGAUCAAAUCCUUCACAAACAACGGGAAGCCCAGCGCCAGAUCGUUUCAUUGCUGGACCGGUGUCGACUCCCUGAUUUGCACGACCGGCCCAAGUACUCAGAAGUCGUAGAGAUCCAGAAAAGAUUGGAAGACCUCAACUCGAAACCGGAUGGAACUCUCGAACUCGAAAACGAACGCAAGCGUCACGAAGAUUGGAUGCGUAAAGGCAAGAAACUCUUCGGUAAAUCCAACGCCCCGUUACAUAUCCUCAAGAGUCAUCUUGAGUAUGUACUGGAGCGCAACAUGGAUUGCUUCGACAUCGAAAACGACACGCCUCGAAUGCCCGGGGAGCCGGUUUCAAGAGAGGUUAGCCCCGAGCAAGGAUCCAGCAAAUGGGACGAAAGCCGAUCUCGACAAGUCUUUUGUAUCUGCAGAAGGGUAGAGGCGGGAAUGAUGAUUGAGUGCGAAAUGUGCCACGAAUGGUAUCACUACAAAUGUCUCAAGAUUGCCCGUGGUAAGGUGAAGGAGGAUGAUAAGUAUACUUGCCCUAUCUGUGACUGGCGGAUGAAGAUUCCCCGAGAUGCUUCGCGACCGAAGCUAGAGGAGCUGCUGGCCCUCGCUGAGGAAAUGGCAUCAUUGCCCUUCCAACCUGAGGAAGAAGAGGUUCUCAACAAAAUCAUCGACAAUGCACAGAAUUUCCGAAACCAUAUUGCCAACUAUUGCAACCCGCUGUUGUCUACGGAAGCUGAGGCAGAGACCCAACGAUUUUAUCUGCGAAAGAUUGAAGGGGCGGAGGUCUUGCUCACAUACGAGACCAACUUCUUCCGCCAAGAACUUCAUAAAUGGUGCCCUGUGGCCCCUGAAGCCCCGCCGAUCCAGGAGCAGUCCAGAAGCACACGAAAACCACGACCGACAAAGCUACAGAAGAUGUUGGUUGAGUACGGCGUGGACAAUCCUGACGACCUGCCCGAGCACGCCCGAGGAAAGGCGAACAGUCUGCGCCGGAAGGCAGCCAACGCCGAAGCCGCAGCAGCCGCGGCGUCGCAUUCUAUGGGUGGAAUCGGAUCCGGAUAUGGAGGGUCGGGAUACUACCCACGUCCCGGUGAAGCUGGCAGCCCCAACAGCCACGGGGACCGUCGUGAAUCGCAGUCCUCAGGCCAUUCAAGAACCAACUCGGUAAGCAUGGGUAAUGGUAUGCAUGCUGGACCCCUGGGAGCUGGCGGUCCGCAGCUGGUUGUUGACUAUUCAUCAAUGUCUUUGGAGGACAGAAUCCUUCAAGGUCACGACGAUGGCCUCAAUUUCCAGACCGACGCUGAGAAGAGCAAAGCUUUGGAGAUUCUCGCGAGGACUGAAUUGGGCAGAAAACAAGCCGAGGCCAUGUGGGGGCCAAACGUUUGGGGAACUGGACGUGGAUCUAUUGAGAGACGCGUAUCCAAUCCGAUAGACGAAGAAAUGAUCAAGCAUGAAGAUGGCAACGUGGAUCAAAUGUUCAAGGAGAUGACGAACCAAGACGAAGAUGACGAGAAAAAGAUCGACGCUGGGGGAGAUGUCACCAUGACCACGGCGUCCUUGGAAAAGGAGAGAAAUGGGAUGGACGCUCUUCUAGACGGGGAAUGA